GGCGAGCUUCCCUUCCUUUGCGUCGCCUUCAGGACGUAUGACGUCAGCUCCGGAGAAGCCGGCCUCUGAUUGGCCGCGGGGAGCGGAAGCGAGGGCGGGCGCCCCGCCGUUGCCGCAGUGAUGGGGACCCAGUCUCCCAGGGGCUGGGAAAUGGCGGCGGUGCCGUCGUCGUCGUCGUCGUCGAGGCGCUCCCAACAACAACAGUCGUCUCCGCCUCGGAGCCCCAGCCUCGCCGCCCCUCAGCCCCGGCCUCCUCUCUCCGGGCCUGAGGGCGCCGCCACCGCCAACGGAGGGCCUUUCUCCCCGGAGGGCGAGGCCUCAGGGCCGCCUCCGCCGGCCAACAGCAGCAGCAGCAGCUCCUCCGCUUCUUCUUCGUCCUCCUCGUCUUCCUCCUCAGCUGCCUCCCCUGAAAGCCCCGAGGCGCCCCCUGCUGCUGCCGCCGCCGCCGCCGCUGCUGCUCCCCCUCCGCCGCCUCCCCCUCCGCCGCCUCCGGUGGGGAGCGGGGCCUUCCGGGAGCUGCUGGAAGCCUGCCGCAAUGGGGACGUCACCCGGGUGAGGCGCCUGGUGGACGCCGCCAACGUCAACGCCAAGGACAUGGCCGGGAGGAAGUCCACCCCGCUCCACUUCGCCGCAGGUUUUGGAAGAAAGGAUGUAGUGGAACAUUUAUUACAGACAGGAGCCAAUGUCCAUGCUCGUGAUGAUGGUGGCCUAAUUCCUCUUCAUAAUGCCUGUUCCUUUGGCCAUGCUGAAGUAGUUAGCCUCUUGCUGUGUCAGGGUGCAGAUCCAAAUGCCAGAGACAACUGGAACUAUACUCCUCUGCAUGAAGCUGCUAUCAAAGGCAAAAUAGAUGUUUGUAUUGUACUGCUGCAGCAUGGAGCUGAUCCAAAUAUUCGGAACACAGAUGGAAAAUCUGCCUUGGAUCUUGCAGAUCCUUCGGCAAAAGCUGUACUUACAGGUGAAUACAAGAAGGACGAACUCCUGGAAGCUGCUAGGAGUGGCAAUGAAGAAAAACUAAUGGCUUUGUUGACACCUUUAAAUGUGAACUGCCAUGCAAGUGAUGGGCGAAAAUUACAGAAGACGUCUAGCAACAAGCAGUGGCUUUCUGAUGAAGUUUUCUGCCAGAAAGAACAGGAAUGCCGCAAAGGUUCCCUGCUUGAGGAAGGGUCUACUCCAUUACAUUUGGCUGCAGGAUAUAACAGAGUUCGGAUAGUUCAGUUGUUGCUUCAGCAUGGUGCAGAUGUCCAUGCAAAGGAUAAGGGUGGGCUUGUACCUCUCCACAAUGCAUGCUCCUAUGGGCAUUAUGAAGUAACAGAACUCCUGUUAAAGCAUGGAGCCUGUGUAAAUGCAAUGGAUCUUUGGCAAUUUACUCCAUUACAUGAAGCUGCUUCCAAGAAUCGUGUGGAAGUUUGUUCUUUGUUACUCAGCCAUGGUGCAGAUCCAACAUUAGUCAACUGUCAUGGCAAAAGUGCUGUAGACAUGGCUCCAACACCUGAGCUGAAAGAGAGACUCACUUAUGAAUUUAAAGGACAUUCCUUACUACAAGCAGCAAGAGAAGCUGACUUGGCCAAAGUAAAGAAGACACUUGCCUUGGAAGUCAUUAAUUUCAAGCAGCCGCAGUCCCAUGAGACAGCAUUGCACUGCGCUGUGGCUUCCCUUCACCCUAAGCGGAAACAAGUAACUGAGUUAUUGCUUCGGAAAGGAGCCAACGUUAAUGAGAAAAACAAAGACUUCAUGACUCCUUUGCACAUUGCUGCUGAACGAGCUCACAAUGAUGUAAUGGAAGUUCUUCAUAAGCAUGGGGCAAAGAUGAAUGCACUAGACACACUUGGGCAAACAGCUUUGCACAGGGCUGCAUUGGGCGGUCACCUGCAGACUUGUCGACUCCUGCUAAAUUAUGGUUCAGACCCUUCAAUAAUCUCUUUACAAGGUUUUACUGCAGCACAGAUGGGCAAUGAAGCAGUGCAGCAGAUACUGAAUGAGAGCACCCCUGUACACACAUCUGAUGUCGAUUAUAGACUGUUGGAAGCCUCUAAAGCUGGAGACUUAGAAACUGUGAAGCAACUUUGCAGUCCCCAGAAUGUGAACUGUAGAGAUUUGGAGGGGCGUCAUUCAACCCCACUGCAUUUCGCUGCAGGUUAUAACAGAGUAUCGGUAGUGGAAUAUUUGCUUCAUCAUGGAGCAGAUGUGCAUGCAAAAGAUAAAGGUGGCUUAGUACCCCUGCAUAAUGCCUGUUCGUAUGGUCACUAUGAAGUAGCAGAGUUACUGGUGAGACAUGGAGCUUCUGUCAAUGUUGCAGACCUCUGGAAGUUUACACCACUGCAUGAAGCAGCAGCAAAGGGAAAAUAUGAAAUCUGCAAGCUUCUUCUAAAGCAUGGAGCAGAUCCAACAAAAAAGAACAGAGAUGGCAAUACACCACUAGACCUAGUGAAGGAGGGAGACACAGAUAUACAGGAUCUUCUGCGAGGUGAUGCUGCCCUACUGGAUGCUGCUAAAAAGGGUUGCCUGGCACGAGUUCAGAAACUGUGUUCACCAGAAAACAUCAAUUGUAGAGAUACCCAGGGACGAAAUUCCACCCCACUGCAUCUUGCUGCUGGUUACAAUAAUUUGGAAGUUGCUGAAUAUCUUUUAGAGCAUGGUGCUGAUGUCAAUGCACAAGACAAAGGAGGAUUAAUUCCACUGCAUAAUGCAGCAUCCUAUGGGCAUGUAGAUAUAGCAGCUUUGCUGAUUAAAUACAAUACCUGUGUAAAUGCUACAGAUAAAUGGGCAUUUACACCAUUGCAUGAAGCAGCACAAAAAGGAAGGACACAACUGUGUGCUCUCCUACUAGCUCAUGGAGCAGAUCCAACAAUGAAGAAUCAAGAAGGCCAAACGCCUUUGGAUCUGGCUACAGCUGAUGAUAUCCGAGCCCUGCUAAUUGAUGCAAUGCCACCAGAGGCUUUGCCAACCUGCUUUAAACCUCAGGCUACUGUAGUUAGUGCCUCUAUCAUUUCACCAGCAUCAACUCCUUCCUGUCUUUCUGCUGCCAGUAGCAUAGAUAACCUUGCAGGACCUCUAGCAGAAAUUGCAAUGGGAGGUGCAUCAAAUGCUGGUGAUGGAGCAGCAGGAACAGAGAGGAAGGAAGGAGAAGUUGUUGGACUUGACAUGAACAUCAGCCAGUUCUUGAAAAGCCUUGGUCUGGAACAUCUGCGGGAUAUCUUUGAAACAGAACAGAUUACCUUAGAUGUAUUGGCAGACAUGGGACAUGAAGAGCUGAAAGAAAUUGGCAUCAAUGCCUAUGGGCAUCGUCAUAAGUUAAUAAAAGGUGUAGAGAGACUUCUGGGUGGGCAGCAAGGCACCAAUCCUUAUUUGACUUUUCACUGUGUCAGCCAGGGAACUAUUCUCAUAGACCUUGCUCCUGAUGAUAAAGAGUAUCAGUCUGUGGAAGAAGAGAUGCAAAGUACCAUCAGGGAACACAGAGAUGGUGGUAAUGCUGGGGGGAUCUUCAACAGAUACAAUGUCAUCAGGAUUCAGAAAGUUGUAAAUAAGAAGCUGAGGGAGAGGUUCUGUCAUAGGCAGAAAGAAGUGUCAGAAGAAAAUCAUAACCAUCACAAUGAGCGCAUGCUGUUUCAUGGAUCACCUUUUAUUAAUGCUAUUAUUCACAAAGGGUUUGAUGAAAGACAUGCAUACAUUGGUGGAAUGUUUGGAGCUGGCAUUUACUUUGCAGAAAAUUCCUCUAAAAGUAACCAAUAUGUGUACGGAAUUGGUGGUGGUACAGGGUGCCCCACGCACAAAGACAGGUCCUGUUACAUCUGCCACAGACAAAUGCUUUUUUGUCGUGUGACACUGGGAAAAUCCUUCUUACAAUUUAGCACCAUGAAAAUGGCCCAUGCACCACCUGGGCAUCACUCUGUUAUUGGCAGGCCAAGCGUAAAUGGACUUGCAUAUGCGGAGUAUGUAAUCUAUAGAGGAGAACAGGCUUACCCAGAGUAUCUGAUUACAUACCAAAUUGUAAAGCCAGAUACUCCCUCACAGACAGCAACAGCCGCAGAGCAGAAGACCUAGUAAAUGCUGCUUCAGAGAAACAAAUGACGUGAUUUAAAUAACUUAUGGACUGGAUGGAUGACAUUAGUUUCAAAACAUCAGCAGUGUAUGAAAUUAUUGUCACUCUGGAACUAAGCUGUAUGUGUUUUAUAAAGUAUUGCUCUAUUAAUGAAUAUGAGUAACUGAUACAUACUCAAUUGCUACUAUUCCUUUUGAGGAAAUGUUUACAAAGGUUUGCCUUUUACCAACAUAUCUCAGGCUCACUUUCCCUGCAGUUGCCAUGUGUGUAAUGACAUCAUUGCUUCAAACUGGGUGUUUGGGAACAUUAUUUAACAAGCAGGACUAUGUCAUAACCGUUUUCUUUCUUUUUUUAAAAAGAAAAUAAUUUCUGAUGCCACUUGGUUUGGUUUAAUAGUGCAUACCAGCGGUACUGAACUCAUGCCACAUUCUCAACAUUCAGCAUUGAUUUGGUUUUGUUUUGUUUUUUAAGUCCUUAGUUGGCUAUUUCAUUUUUCCUCCUUUUUAUUAUGAAAAUGAGCCAGGCCCUUCUUGGGAAUAUUUUUGCACAAAGUCAGGUCGACUAAAAUCAGUUAACAAUGCAAUAGGAAUUUCUUACCCAAGAAGGUGUUAGAGAUCUAGUUCUUUGGUCUGGGAUUCUUUUUGCACUUUUUAUGAACUCUUCUUUAGGUUACUAGGAGCAUAAAUGUUUAGGGUAGAAACUCAUAUUUUGUCCUUGCUGACUUCCUCUUUUUCUAAGAAUUCAUACUAGCGUUUAUUUAGAAACCUCUUGGAAAGCUCUCUUCAUUCUGGGAAUGUGUUCUGCUUUCUCCUAGCUAAAGUAAUAAUAGCCUUGUUGAUAAAAGACUUUGUGAGAGAGCUUAGGUAAGGACACAUAUUUUGAAAGUAUCUGAUAAAAAGCAAAAGGAAUUUGGAAAGCAUUAAAAUGAGGAGGCAAAAUUACCAAAGGCACCUGCUUAGGAAAGUCUGCUUGGACAUGUUUUUUGCUCUAGAAAGAGUCCAGGAGUUUGUUCAAGGCCACUUGCACCCUCACCUGUUUAUACUGCCACUUCCCUUCCCUUCCCUUCCCUUCCAACUCCUCCAUGAUCACAGAGAGUAUACAAGCAAAAUCAAAGCCCUUGUGGUUAUCUGAACGUGAUAUACUCUUCCCCAAAGUGAGGAGCAGGAGAGAGAGAUUUUGAGCCAGAUGCCUAUCUCAGAUCUCUUGCUGUGUACAAUCCCAGAAAGAGAAUCUUUUCCACAUAGACAUGAGUGGUGUCCAUUCAGCUUGAUUUAGGGCCUUUUCACUUUCAGUAGGAAGAAUACAUUUUGUAUUAUAUUGUGCAUAGAUUCAGUCACAUGCUGUAUCAGCAACAGUUUACUGAAUUGACAUGCAAGUAUAUUUUCUCCAAAGCAGAUUGGUUUUUAAAUGCCUAUAAUAGGGGGUAGUUUGCAUUACACUUUAUGCCAGAAGUUCUGCUAGUUACUUUCAAUCUAUUAAUUUCUGUCCCCAUAAAUUUUAUGAAAAAGCCCCUUUAUUACCAUCUAUAUAAUAUCAGAGGUAUAACAAUGAAAGUUUAAUUCUCCCCAAGAAACGGCUUUUUUUACAAUGCAAUAACAAUAGAAAAAACAAAGUUGAAAAUUAAGUAGUAAUAGGGAUUUAUAAAUAGGAAAUGUAACAGAGAGAGAGAGAGAUUACAAUAUUAGUAGAAAUACAACCUUGCAAAAUCUUGUGAACAGCCAAAGGAUUGCUCAAAUUACAGAUCUUCCUUAAAGCUUUUUAUUCAUUGAAGAUAAAAACUAAACCGUUCCAAUGAUUUUAUGAAAUAUACUGGCAUCUGCUUGGAAAUGGGGACAAAAAAAUUACCUAGCGACACCACAAGCACAACAACAAAACCCAAAGAAGUUUUUGGAAAAAUGUCUUUGCAAGAAUAAUCAUGUAGAUUUUGACAGUUGUCAAGCUCAGUACUCGACUCAGACUGGCUAAAUGCCUUCUGAUGUUACUGGAGAGACCAGAUGUGACAGGUUUCGACAAUGGUGAAUCUUUCCCUUUUGUGUCUGCUGUUCCUGGCCACUUGCUCCAGUUGGGCUUGUUGGCUUGCAGUGCAGGGCUUUGGAGUUCAGAGCUGGCCAAGCUAGUUUCUGCAUUAGUACAUGUCAAAGUUGUGAAGUUCAUUGUUAAAGUGAACGAACAGUGGUGUUCACUGUUAAAAUGUUGGAGUUCAUUGUUAAAGACAGAUGAACAUUCAUGGAGGGAUUUCUGUUUUUAACUGCAGUUGGGGUGUGUGCCAAUUGAUUGCAAAUAAAUGUGAAAGUCUACAUUCUGCCAGCUUCAUGUAGAUGUUAAUUGGAACACAGCUGUCUUUAUAGUUAAACCAAAUGGUUAACAUGAAUGUCGAAAUUCAGUGUUUUUCUCCAAGGGAUGAUUCUGUGGUUGUCUUUUUCCUCCAGUGUGCUAGUUGAACUAAUGAAAUGUUUUAGGUUUCAUCUAAACUCCCAAAACCUCGAACUGUGACCCUGAUCUUUUAAACUGCCAGUGUUUUGUAACUGAUGUUUUGUGCAGAGUAAAAGGUGCUGUGCGAGGAAUUCCAUUUGCAGUGGCUUUUGUCUUGUAGUAAUGUAAUUCUGUUAACAUGUCCCUUGUCAGACCUUGAGAAAUAUGCCUACAUUUUUGCUUAAAUCUUCAGAGAUCCCAAAGCCUAACAUGGAGAGCCAAGUGUAAGAUACAAAUACAGUAUAGUAUUAUCUGUCCUUCAGAGUAACACAGUAGUCACAUUUCCCUGAUAUAGGAGUUGAUAUGGGGGGGGGAUCUCCCAAUCCAAUUUCUAAACACACUUAGGUUGGAAUAAAUAACCCAAGAACCUAGUCAGUGCUUUGGGCAUAUGUGCACACUUUUGCCAUAAAAAACAAAAGUAACAAGAUUUGUGCUGUGUAUCUGGCAUCUCCCCACCAGGGCAGGGGGAAAAAACCCAAAUAUUUUCUGGGAGUGGAUAGUAAGGCCACCUUGGAUCCCAGUUCUAGCCAAUCAAAUCAAAUGCUAAUAAGCUUAGUACAGCACUUCUUGGUUUUCUUCCACAAAAAGUAAAAGAUAAAGGUACAGAAGACCUGAUGCUCCUUCUUGGAUUUCAAACAGGAUGGGCAACUGUUUGAAGCAAGAUGGCUGCAUUAGUUCCCCAGGAGACCUUGGAAGACAGCACCAUCCUCAGAAAAACCACACAGAGCACAAUGUCCUAUGUGGCAUGUGUGGCAUAUUGCCACAUCCCCCCAGGCUGUUUUAGAUCCCUGAGAUGCCUUUUUUACAACAGAAAAUAAUCCAGAAGUCACUUCCUGAUCAUUAUUAUUUUUAAUCUUCUUGUGGACCUAAAGUGGCAGAGGGGCAGAAACAUGAUGAAAAUGACUCCCAUAGCUGUCAAAGAUGUUUGGGGACAAAAAAUUGUUUUAACCCCCAAAGGGCCUGAGGACCACAAAAAUGGCCGAGGGCACACUUUACCCAACCCUGUUUUAGAUUUGUCCCUAGAAUGUAACACCAUUGGUUUGCAAUUGUUCUUGUGUGUAUGUUGUGAGUGCGCCUUCAAAUCACCUGUCCACUUAUGGCAACCACAUGAAUUUCAUAGGGUUUUCUUUGCAUAAUUGUCGCCUUAAAUGCAUUGAUCUGUUGAGGGCUAUUGCUCACAAUGUGCAGCAGGAAAUAGUUUGCCACAAAAGGUGUGCAUUUUGCCAAGGAGCCAUACCCAAUUCCAGCUCUGUGACAGGAGCAUUUAUAUGGAGCAUAUGUUUACAAACAAACAUUGGUCACAUUGCAUUUUACAUUUCUGGGUAUAGAAUUACAUAUGUUUGAAGAAAUUCAUAAACACAUUUCCCCAUUCUAGCUUCCAAAAUGGGAGGGGGAAUUGUAAAAUUCAGAUUUGAGGGGGGGGGGGUGCCUGAAUCUCUCUGUCCAGUUGUAUGGAGGGCUUCAUUUCUUUUGGUACAACUGUUCUGCUGCUCCAACUAUAUUAACCUGUUUGCUAACAUUGGGAUCUGCAAGCAACAUUUUUAAAGAUGUGCUUUUUUGUCCAGGUCAGCUGGAAUAUUUGUUAAAGAGGAGAUUGAUAUGUUUAGGAAUCUGUAUCACAAAACAGUUAUUCAGUGAACACUCAAUCUGGGGGAGCUAAGAAUUAUCUUAAUUUUCUUAUCCAACAAAAACAUGAUAGAAACUGGAAGUUGGGAGUGAAAUACAAGUAAAGAUCGUUUUUUUAAAAAGUGUUAAAAAGAUUCUUUUCAGGGGGUUUCUAAAAGAAUUCCUUUCCUGUGUAGACAUUUCUGAAUUCUCUGGGUAUGUUAUUUAUUGACUUGAAGUUUCAACAUGUGCAGAGAUAGUGCUUAAUUCGGCUGUAACUAUACUACAGGUUUAAACUGCUAUUAUACCUACAGCAGAUUAAACAUAACUGUCUAUAUUGUGCCUUUUUUCCUAUACUGCAGGUCCAACAGUGGCUCCAUAGGGCAGGGAAAGGAUUAAACCCACUUCAAAGAAACUAUUGUUUUAAAAAAAAACUUUUAAAAAGUGAUUUAAUUAUUCUUUGGCACUGGGAGUUUGGUCUGUGGGUACAUUUUUAGUUUUAUUAUUUAAAUAUUCUUUAAAUAUAAGCAGGAGAGUCUGCUAGCAGGAUCAACUGUGUCAUCAGGUAAGAGAGACUUUGGGUACCAUUUAAAAGGCAGCAAAUCAUCAGUUAUUUAAAAACCCUUCUUAGCCUAUUAAGAUGCCAGUUGAAAUUUCUACCUUGAGCACCAAAAUGUGUUGGGCCCAUUUGCCUGCCAGGAUAAUGAACUUGUGCCCUGGCACUGUGAAAACUUAGGACACUCUCCAGUUCUCCAUAAUAUAUAUUUGUGAGGCCAAUUGCUUGCUGUGAUAAAUGUGAACAAGCUACCAUUUAGUGCUUCAAGGUUAUUAUAAAUGCACUAUAAAGCAAAACCCCAUAAUAGGGUCACCAUAAGUCGGGAACAACUUGAAUGCACCCAACAACAACAGCAGCAUAGAGCAUAACAUGAACCAGACUUGGUAGCAAGGAUCAAUUCACAUUUACAAUACAUUUGGACUGGAUGGCCCUAGUGGUCUCUUCCAACUCUAUGAUUCUAUGAUUUCUUAUUGCUGGAUUCCAUCACAGCAAAGCCCUACAAGUCUUGUGUUAUAACAAGUGGCCAGCACAUUCCUGAUCUCCUCCUGCUGGUGUUUAUAAUGGGGGCUGCUGUAAAAGUGAAUAAAGACAAUUAAACUAGUCAAUGGCUAUCACAUUUUUUGGUAGAAUUCAGAAACAUUUUAUGUUUCCCCAAAUGUCUGCAACAAUACAAAUUCUUGUAUUUCCAUAAACAUCUGAUUGUAUCCAUUACCAAUGACUGCUGUUUUGACUUGUUUGCAACCAAGCAAGCAACCUUUGUGGUGGCAUCAUCUGAACAGGUAGGCAUUUCAUUUAUAGCUCUUGCUGAAGUCCUAACAGCUUUUUGGAAAGGAGUUAUCUGUAGUUUGCUUUCCUUACAUGUAAAAAUUCUUCCCCAGGAUUGCAAUCAGUAGAAACCUAGAUCUGCAUUCUGCUCAAAAAUUUGCUUAAUUUUAACUGGACACAGAAUUUUAUUUUUGAGCAGAAUGGAGAUUACGUUUUGUUUUCUUCUGCCUAACAAUUUUGUGGAGCAUACAGAGUUUUAUUGGAUGGGUAAACCAUGACUUGUGAUUAGUUUAUAUGAGAAAAAACAAUUUCCAGAGAGAAACAAUGGCAAGUCUUAUGACAACCUAUGUAUUGUGGCAUAAACCUUUGAGGACCAGAAGUUGAACAUUAGUAUCUGUCAUGUGUGUUGGGGUUUAGGGCUCAAAAUGUGGAAAGCGGAAACAAAUCAUGCAUUUAAGCUGAAAUGUCUAUGCCACUGAAUAAUGGUUUGGUAGUAUAUUCAUAUGCUAUUUAUAUGGGCAUUUUUGUUGUUGUACCAGUUCUGUUCAAUUACUAGUUGUUCUUAUGUGCCUUCAAGUCUUUUACGACUUAUGGCAACCCUAAGGUGAACCAAUUACAGGGUUUUCUUGGCAAGAUUUGGUCAGAGGAGGUUUGCCCAUGCCUUCCUCUGAGGCUGAGAG